AUGGGGAAAGGUGCUGCGAAAUAUGGGUUUAAAAGUGGUAUUCUUCCUGCCACAAGAAAUAUCUUGAAGAAACCAACAGUUAGACAAACCGAGUUAAUGAGCAAGUUAACUCAACCUAAACAGACCGGUAGAAAUGGUGUUGGGUAUGCAGACGGGGUAUUGCAUCCAAAGGGCUCUAAGAGAGUUCAAUCGGAUGUGGUGUUCAUCAAUGUUGAAGAAUUGAUUUCGAAGACUGUCCCACUGCCUCAAAAUAAAAAAGAAUUAAAAUCUAAGGAACAGAAAAUUAAAGAAACUAAAGCUAGUUUGCGUAGAGAAUAUCUAAUGGAAGCUUUCCGUAACGAAGAGGAGAGAUUGAUAAGAGUAGAACAGUUAAUGAAGAAGAAAGAAAUGCUAUUGGAGCAAGAAAAGCAGGCACAUUUGAAAGAAUUGGAGAAGGAAAAAAGUUCAGAUUUGACUGUUCCUACAUUGGAAAAAUUGAUCAACGAGCCGCUAGUCAGAUUAAGAACUCCAGAGGAGGAAGAAUUAUUGAAUAUGAAGAGAAAAUACAAUAGAGAGGUGAUUGAAUUCAAAGCAAAGGAAAGAAAGUUAGAAAAAUUAAUUGAAUUAUACCACGCAACCAAUGAAUUCAUUGUAACAGAACAAGAUUUGAUAAAAAAGAUAGAUGAAGCAUUUUCCAUGGAAACUUCAGAUUUACUAAGGACCAAACUAAGUUUGAGUGCAUCUAGAAUAAAAUCUAAGAAUGAAAGUAUGAUUGGUGAUGCAUUAUUUGGUACCGUUGCUGGUACUCAUACUGGUUUACCGGAAGUGAAAGAAUAUAUAUCAAAUGAAUCAGCAGAAUUCAAUGACCUUGUUCAAAAGACAAAUAAUGAAUUGGAAAACAACACUAAUUCUUAA